AUGGGCAAUGAAAAAAGCAAACCCAAACAUAAAUUGGAUCCCAAGGAAGUAAAUAAGGCAAGAUCACGAAAUAAUCAAUCCCCUCAAAGCAACAAAUCUGAACAUGUACGAGCCUCAUUUGCUGAUCCAUGGGAAACACGCCAACGAAAUCGGAGCUUAGAUGGCCUCCCCUCCAGUAGAGACAGCCGAGAUGCGGGCAAUCAUCGAUCAGCGACUUUAGCAUUACGUAGAGGAGAAUCAUUCUUAGUUGAGUAUCUGAUGAGCACAUUAGUUUACGAAGAAGAAAUGGAAACUAUGACCGCAAAAUACAUUCUACAACAUCUACAGGAAAGAAAAGCAAGAAAUUUGCUCAAUAUACAACCUACAGAAUUGAGAAUAUGUCCCUAUGAUAUUAUUCUGUACGAUGCUGCAACCAAGGAGAGACAAGAUUUACUCCAAUUUGAACGUCUAGAAGCCUGCCAUCAUAUCACUGGCAGUAAAAUCUUUAAUAGCUUGCUGCUAUUAAUUAUGCUUGUCCCGAAUAAUAAUAGGCAGCGUUUAAUCUAUAUGUUUCAAUGUAGUACAACACCGGCCGAAAUGAUAUCUGAUAAAGUUAAUGUAGCUAGAGCGAAGACACCAACCAACCAUUUACAAAAAUCAAAUAGGAUUCUACCUCCAUCAGAGCCAGCUCAUACAACCCGUGCACAAGCUAUUACAAACGGAGUGAGGGCGCAUCCAUUACAAGAUAGGACAACUGCAAAUCAUUCCGUUUCCCCUAAUUUACCUUACUCUAGUAAUAAUAGCACUCCCACGUCGGUUUUAGAUCAUUCAUUUUCAGGCCGAGUACUAACUGCAUCUCCAUCAUCAACUGAAAUUGGAGCAAUACAAAAUGCUCAGUUGCUACAGCAAACGCAACUGCAACAGCAACUACAGCAAGCGCAACUGCAACAGCAACUACAGCAGCCACAAGUGCAACAACUACAGCAGCCACAAGUGCAACAGCAACUACAGCAGCCACAAGUGCAACAGCAACUACAACCAUUACCUCCAGUUGUUCAGAAUCUUACUACUACUAAUCAAACUAAAGAUGAUACAGCAACAUCUACGUUAUUAAAAGAUCUAAUUGAGGCAGUUAAAGAAAUAAAGUCUAGCCCAAAUGAGAUUAAGCAGUCAAGCACGAAAAAAGGCAAGAAGCAAAAGAGUAAAAAAGGCAAGAACAAAGUUGCAAGUAACCAAAGUGAUUCUGAAGGAGGUGAAGAUUCAGAGCCAACCACUUCUGUAAAUGGAAAAGACCAGGAAUCGUCUAGCAGUGAGAGUGAUUCAGAAAGUGAAAAGGAAACUCCUUCCAAAGAUGUAUUAAAUAAUAAAGCAAAAUCAGAUCAAUCGUCAACCCCCAAGAGUAGCAAAAAAUCCAGGAAAACUCGUCGUUCUAAAAAUAAAAAUUUGGAUAAUGAUGAUCGAUUUAGUAUAACAUCGGAAGAAUCCAAUCGAUUACUAACGGGGCGAGAUGAAAUAGAUCGACUCAGUGCGAAUAAAUUUUCCUCAUCAGCAUCGCCUUCAAUAGUAGAUACGUUCAAUCCUCCUACUCAGGAUCAAAGUAUCAAUGAAUACACUUUGCUAGCAGCACAGCAACAAGUUGAUUUUCAAGAGGCGCAAUUGCAGCUAUGGUAUCAAUCCUUGUUGCAGCGACAACAAGAACAAAGUGACUAUCAAUCUAUCUUACAAGAAGCUGCAAUUUCCCAGCAGCAACAAGUUGAACAAGUGGCUAUACAGCAAUCAGCUAUCAUUCAGCAAUUACGCGAUCAAGUUCUAAUUCAGCAAGAUGCCAUUGCACAUCAUCAACAACAAGGAGAGAUUGCACUACAAACAGCAGCUGCCUUAAAACAACAACAAGAAUUGCAAGAAUUAAUACUACAACAACGUGAACAGCAAGAACAGUCUAUACAACAAGCAAUAGCUACAGAAAAACACAAACAGCAACAAACUGAAUUACUACAAACGCUCUUAUUACAACAGCAGAAGAUUAAUACGUUGCAAAAUCAAGUUCAAAAGAAGCAGGGCAAUGAUAAUCAAGAAAAUCAAUCCACAGACAGCAAGACCGAAAAUCAAGGGCAAAAUACACCAGCUAAUGGCCAAACUAAUCAGUUCAAUCCAUUACUAAACGUAUUAGCAAAUCCUGCAAUUGGAACACAAGAACAACUUUUACCGUUAUUACUUCAGCAGCAGGCAUUAAAUCAAAAUCCACUAGAUCAAUUCAAUCCCAAUAACAUGCAAAAUUUACUUUUACUUCAGCAAUUGCAAUUAAAUGGCCAGCAGUCCUUUUAA